AUGGCGCCGAACUCAAGGAUAAUAUUGACAAGACAUGCUCAAGCCGAACACAACGUCGAUCUUGACUACAGCAUACCUGAUGCACCUUUGACUCCUCUCGGACGCAAACAAGCUCAAUCUCUCGCCCCACAAGUAUCUCCGUUGCAGAAGGAAGUCGAGCUCGUGGUUACUUCGCCGCUCAGCCGAACAUUGCAAACAACACUUCUCGGCUGGGGUCCAGCAGCCAAACGUCUCGGCAUCUCGAACGUGAUCUGCCUCCCGCAAGCACAAGAGGUCAACGACCUUCCCUGCGACACUGGUGUCUCCCGCGAAAAGCUGCAGGCCAAGCCUGAGUUCAAGGGUUUCGACUUCUCCAUGCUCACGCCGGACUGGAUAAGCAAAGAGGGUUUUUGGUCUCCUGAUGCUGCUGACGAGCGUGCGCGAUGGGUCAGGGAAUGGCUGCGAGCACGACCAGAGCAGACGAUUGUGCUGGUCGCCCAUGGAGAUAUCUUGAGAAGAAUCACUAGCGGGCCGAACGGUCCAUCGACGUAUAUGUGGAAGAAUGCUGAGGCGAGGAUCUAUCGUUUUGACCCGAAGUCUGUGGAGACAGAAGACUGCUUCUUGGAUGACAAAGAAUUUGUGGCUGCUGCUGGUGGGUAUGAGCCUACUUCGACGGAGAUGGACUUGGUUGGUGGCGAGCCAGGUGCUGAGAAGCUAUGA